AUGCCCAUCGGAUGCAGCGAUGACCUCAUGCCCUGGAACCAGCACAACAAGAGUGGAAGCAAGGAGGAUUGGCUAGAUAGCAAGAAGCCAUAUGUCUGCCAUGCUGAACUCAAUGCAGUCCUGAAUAAAAACCUGGCCAACAUUAAAGGCUGCGUCAUUUAUGUGGCACUCUUCCCCUGCAACACGUGUGCCCAGAUCAUCAUCCAGUCACGAAUCUCGGAGGUUAUUUAUUAUUCUGACAAGUACCAUGACCGGGAAGAAUUUGUGGCAUCUCGCAGAAUGUUUGAUAUGGCUAAAGUGAAAUACAGGCAGUUUCGACCACAAAAAAAAAUCACGAUUGACUUUGAAUUGAUUGAGAAAACACCUGGAGACGUCCCGCCUCCUCUAGACAAAAGCCACGGCACAGCUGAUGUAAAUGAGAACAGACACAACGGCAGUGAUGGUAACAAGAUAACAUCCAACACAAGUCACAGUGAUGAACUGUUGCAGUCUGCAGACAGUGAUCUUCCUCAACCUGGAGGCUUUCAUGCUGAAGCUUCAGGAGAUUCAGCAGCAGAAACUGAAGCCCAUAAGGCCACCUGUGUUUAA